GUCCAAUAGUGAUGUGCCACACUCUGGUUACUUUGACGAGCUCCAGGGUUUGUGCAGUUCGUGCCGCUUACUGAGUUUCUUUCUCUUCGGCACACGGCUUCACCGGGCUCGACCUCGGAUCCGGAUAAAUCAGCAGCUAGAGCUCAUCGAUUAGGUUCCGUUUGGAGGCAGACGUUCAGACGCUUGUCCACCAUGUUGCCGUUGUUCCUUGUCUCCCUCGUGGCCGUAGUGGCGCGGGCCAGUGAUGUCCUCGAGUUCACCGAUGAUGAUUUCGAGAGCAGGAUUGGAGACCACGACAUGAUCCUGGUUGAGUUUUUCGCCCCCUGGUGUGGUCACUGUAAGAGGCUUGCUCCUGAGUAUGAGGCAGCUGCAACUCGCCUGAAAGGCAUUGUCUCACUUGCCAAGGUGGACUGUACAGCCAACUCCAAUGUGUGCAGCAAGUAUGGAGUGAGUGGCUAUCCAACUCUAAAGAUUUUCCGAGGUGGAGAGGAGUCUGGGGCUUACGAUGGCCCAAGAACUGCAGAUGGGAUUGUGAGCCACCUUAAGAAGCAGGCAGGUCCAGCCUCUGUAGAGCUCAAAUCUCAAGAGGAAUUUGAGAAAUUCAUUGGAGACCGUGACCCCAGUGUUGUGGGAUUCUUUGCUAGUGCUGGAAGUGCUGCACAGGGCGAGUUCCUGAAAUCAGCCAGUGCUCUAAGAGAAUCGUACCGCUUCGCUCACACAAAUGUGGAAACACUUCUGAAAAAGCACAACAUCGAGGCAGAGGGUGUCAUCCUGUUCCGGCCACCUCUCCUCGCUAACAAAUUCGAAGAAAGCAGUGUUCAAUUCAGUGAGGAGAAAUUCACUAAUGCCAAGCUCAAGAAGUUCAUUCAAGACAAUGUUUUUGGAAUAUGCCCUCACAUGACUGAUGACAACAAAGAUCAGCUGAAAGGCAAAGACCUGUUGGUGGCCUAUUAUGAAGUGGACUAUGAGAAAAACCCUAAAGGUUCCAACUACUGGAGGAACAGGGUCAUGAAGGUGGCCAAGAGUUUCCUGGAUCAGGGAAUGAAGCUAAACUUUGCAGUGGCAAACAAGAACCUCUUCAGCCAUGAUGUGUCAGAGCUUGGUCUGGACUCCAGCAGUGGAGAGCUGCCAGUCGUUGGCAUUCGUACUGCCAAGGGUGAUAAAUACGUCAUGCAAGAGGAGUUUACCCGUGAUGGGAAAGCCUUGGAGAAAUUCCUUCAGGAUUACUUUGAUGGAAAUCUGAAGCGUUACUUGAAAUCUGAGCCCAUUCCUGAAAGCAAUGAUGGCCCAGUCAAAGUUCUUGUGGCUGAGAACUUUGAGUCCAUUGUGAACGAUGACAGCAAGGAUGUUCUUAUUGAGUUCUAUGCACCCUGGUGUGGCCACUGCAAGAGCCUUGAACCUAAAUACAAAGAACUUGGUGAGAAGCUCUCCGAUGAUCCCAACAUAGUCAUUGCCAAGAUGGAUGCCACAGCUAAUGAUGUACCUUCCCCAUAUGAUGUCAGAGGAUUCCCCACAAUCUAUUUCUCACCAGCUGGGCAGAAACAGAGUCCAAAGAGAUACGAGGGAGGUCGUGAAGUCAGCGAUUUCAUUUCAUACCUGAAGAAGGAGGCAUCUAACCCACUAGUGGUAAAGGAGGAUGAGGAGAAGAAGAAAACAAAGAAGAAGAAGUCAGAGUUAUAAGUUACAAUCUGACAGGAACCUCGUAGGGGAGCUAAAUUAUAUUCCAACUUUAGUGAACAACUGAAUGCUCUGACAUGUCGGCUCUCUUUUGGGCCAGCUGCUCUGGGGACACUGUGGAAAGUUGUCAUGACCAGGCCUUUGUAUGAUUUUUAAAUAAAGUUCAGACAGGUACAGUGUGGUCAAAUUGAGAUUUAAUUCGCUUUCCCCCAUGCUGUACCUCCAACAGAUGCACUUUGGUUUUGAGACCAAGUUCGAUCACAUUUUCUUUCUCAUUGAAAAGGGCAAGAGGGUGGGGGGGGUUAGCGAAUAAUUAGGACUUUUCCCUUUGCUUUUUUUGUACCAUAUCUUGUUUUUGUACAUUUGAAAAGAUUGUGAAUUAAAGGCCUAUUAAACCAC